AAACCGAAAAGCAACUCGAGUUGUUGAGUUUACAUAUUCACAAGACAACCGAAAAACCCUUCUAAUACCCUUCAUAGUUCAUAGCUCAUACCCUUCUAAUUCCUAAAUCAGAAAAUUCCCUCCAUUUUCGCACCAAUCCUCCUACAAAUGCCUGUAACACCAUUACAGUCACUACGCUGUAUUAUCUCACCUGUUCCGGUAAUCCGUUUCUUUCCAAUGUCUCUCAAUUCAAUCAGCCAACCUUCUUCUUCUUUACCCACUUUCCGCCGCAUUUUCCCCUUCAAAUUAAAAUACCUAGUUUUAAAUGCAAAAGUAAAGGUUUCUCCUCGCAACUUCUCUACUCGUCCGUUUAGGUCCAGACCCGAUUCAGGGUCCAGAUAUAAUCGGACCGAGAGUGUAAAAGCGGCGCCUUUAUCAAAAAGUUUAAUUGAGGAUGAAGAUGAUUUGAGUGAUUGGGUUAGUGGGCUAAGAACUAGUUCAAUUAAAUCAGGGGUUUUUACUGAAGAUGAAGAUGGGGAGGAUGAUAGAGGGAAAAUGAAGAAAAAGGGUCGAUUGGGUAAGAGGGGCAGAGAAAGUAAUUUUGAUUUCGGUGGUAGUGAUGAGGAGGAUAAGGGUUUUAGACAAAUGGGUAAGAAGGGUUUUCAGACUUCCAGUAAUUCGUAUGGGAAUGUGAAGGAUUCUUCAAGGUUUGGACGGAGAUUUGAUGGUGCUGAUGAAGGGAAUGAGAGUAGGGUAAGAAAUGGGAAGCGAGAAUUCGAUGCGAGGGGUGGCCAGGGCGAAGGUAAUCGAGGACGCGGGAUGAGAGCAUAUGGGGAUAGGAAUGGGCGGGGUGAGGGUAGUCGAGGAGGCGGAGUGAGAGCAUUUGGAGAUAGAAUUGUGAGGGGUGAGGGUAGUAGAGGAGGGAGGAUAGGUAGAGAAAGAGAAGUUGGGGUAAGAGAUGGUAUAAAGGGGAAAGAAAGAGAAUUUGGAGAAAGGAACAGAGGCCGAGUAGAUGGGAGAAAAGGGGCAUUAAUUUCAGAAUCGGACGAGGAUGAGAUUGAGAUGAGGAAUGAGAAGAAGUCGGUUUCGAGUUUUCUUGAUUUGAUUGGGGAGGAAGAUAGUGAUGAAAAUGUGGAUGAUGAUGAUGAGGAGGAAGAGGAAUUGGGGAAAAUUGUGGGUAGGAGUAGAAGUUCUUUAUUUGCAAAUGAUGGUGAGAAAGUUAGUUCUGGAACCAGUUCUACAAAUAGUGGUGAAUCUUACCUUAGUGAAACAAGGUUUGAUCAAUGCACAGUCUCACCCUUAUCAUUGAAAGCAAUCAGGGAUGCAGGCUAUGAGAAGAUGACUGUGGUGCAGGAGGCAACUCUACCUGUUAUAUUAAAAGGUAAGGAUGUUAUGGCUAAGGCUAAAACAGGAACAGGAAAAACAGUAGCAUUUUUGCUUCCAUCUAUUGAAGUUGUGAUAAAAACACCUCCUGCUGGUCGUGAUCAAACGCGUCCUCCAAUUCUUGUUCUUGUAAUAUGUCCAACACGUGAGCUUGCUAGUCAAGCUGCUUCAGAGGCUAAGACUUUGCUCAAGUAUCAUCCUUCCAUUGGUGUGCAAGUUGUGAUAGGAGGUACGAGACUUGCAGUUGAGCAGAAGCGCAUGCAGGCAAAUCCUUGUCAGAUUCUCGUAGCUACACCUGGGCGAUUAAAGGACCAUCUUGAGAAUACUUCAGGAUUUGCCACUCGGCUUAUGGGAGUGAAAGUCCUUGUACUUGACGAAGCCGAUCACUUGUUAGACAUGGGAUUUCGCAAAGAUAUUGAGAGAAUCAUUGCUGCGGUUCCUAAACAGCGGCAGACAUUACUGUUUUCUGCGACUGUACCUGAUGAGGUCCGCCAAAUCAGCCACAUUGCAUUAAAAAGAGAUCAUGAAUAUGUCAAUACCGUUCAAGAAGGUAGCGAGGAGACACAUGCCAAGGUCAGGCAGAUGCAUUUGGUUGUUCCCUUGGAAAACCAAUUUUCUCUAUUAUACACAAUUCUUAAGGAGCAUAUUUCCGAUGAUGUGAACUAUAAGGUUCUUGUAUUCUGUACCACAGCAAUGGUCACAAGACUUGUAGCUGAUCUUCUUGGUGAGCUUAACUUAAACGUUCGAGAAAUCCACUCCAGGAAACCACAGAAUUACAGGACCAGAGUGUCAGAUGAGUUCCGCAAGUCCAAGGGCCUUAUUCUUGUGACUUCUGAUGUGUCAGCACGUGGAGUUGAUUACCCAGAUGUUACCCUUGUCAUACAGCUUGGAUUGCCAUCAGAUAGAGAACAAUACAUACAUCGGCUUGGUAGAACUGGACGUAAAGGCAAAGAAGGGCAAGGUUUACUCCUAUUGUCACCAUGGGAGGAAUUCUUCUUGAACUCUGUCAAAGAUCUUCCCAUAACCAAGGCAACACCACCAAUGGUUGAUCCUGAUAUUAAGAAGAAAGUGGAGCGUGCAUUAUCUCAUGUAGAGAUGAAGAACAAGGAAGCAGCAUACCAGGCAUGGCUCGGAUACUAUAAUUCCAAUAAGAUUGUGGGACGGGACAAAAUGAGACUCGUUGAGCUCGCAAAUGAGUUUAGCCGGAGCAUGGGACUCGACACCCCUCCUGCCAUCCCCAAGCUUGUUCUUGGCAAGAUGGGUCUAAAAAAUGUCCCUGGUUUGCGUACAAAGUAGAAAUCAUUCGUUCCCCAAAAUGAUGCUAACAUAGACUCAUUCUCGAAAUGCCCUUGUGAAUUGGACUACUUCGUUAGAUUGUAUCGGCAUCACAAUUAUGAUGCGAAGACAAAUGUUUUUACAUCAGCAUUGGAAGCGUGGUACGCAGGAAGAAAAAAAAGCUGGAAAUAGAAGUACUAUAAAUUUUGUAGUCUUCACACCAGUUAAUUCAUAAGAGAAUAGAUUAGUAGGACAAAUCAAAUUUAUUUUUGUGUUGUAAUUCUCCAAUUUAGUUUUUGAUCUUUGAUUCAUCUCCUUAUGACGAGAUUAGGUGGUGGAAUUUUGCAAUCAAAGUGGAUACUUGUUCUUGAAUUAGGUUGAAGUGAAAAAGGCUAAAACCCUUUGAUUUCA